AUGUCUUCAUCCUCCAUUCUUGACGAGUCUUCAGGGUCUCGUGACACACCACUUAUCACCGUAGACGACAGUUACUCGGAUUGGGAGAUGAUUACAAACGGAUCCGAGCCAAAGUCACCAGAACCAAACGAACCUCCUCAAAGCCCUUUGCACUCAGUAACUCUCGCACUUGCCGAGAUCAGAGGGCUUUUUGCAGACCCGGUAACAGACUCCCCGCUACCAUGCGAAUCUCCCGAAACAUAUGCCGAGCCAACGGUACCCCCCGAGGUAAUCAAGAAGCCAUACAAAGAAUUCGAAUCAACAAUUAAAGGGUUUGACGAGCCUAUCGAGCAUUCUAUAGCUCCUGAUAUGCGAAACCUGACAAGCUCCGUGGAUUCCAUCAGGAAAGACACGGAAGCCAACUUGGUGGAGUCGGAACUGUGCAAGAUCCGGAGAUCACACCUUCGUAAGGCCAUAAAGGAAUUGGAGAUAGCAAAUGCUUCUCUGCUAGCUUCCAUCACACACGAAGACGACCCGAAAGCCGAAGAUGAGCCUAAGCUGGCUAGGAAGAGGCAGCGUCCAGGUCCACCUCCGAAAAAGAAGCCGAAUACUGCAGCAUAUUCAAAGUCUCGCAAAUUAGAGGAGCUUUCUCCCGGCCUGAGUCAAGCUGAUCAGCAUGAGUCUUUCUCUGCUCUUACAACCGCCCAAUCCCCACCGCCAAUAUUCGCACCGCCUAAGAACUCAAUUGCCUGUAGAUUUCGGGCAGUAGGUUUGUACUUUGACCCUGAACCUAAGCCAGAAGAAGUCUCUUGA